UUUCCCGCCAAAAUGGUACUAGAAAUAUUCUCUAAUAUUGUUAGAUUUUCUUCUUUUUCUCAUUUUAUAUUGGAUUUGUAAUUACAGAAAAAAAAUCGAAUUUUAUCAGAAAAAAAAAUGCUUUUCCACUCUCGUCUUCCUAGGGUUUCCGACGAUCGCGAAUUGGGGAAGAAGAAGACGAGAAAGAGGCAAAGAGAUAUGGACUCGAAUAGCGAUCAAGUCGGAAAGAGGCGAAAGGUCGCUGGAGAAGACCAAGUCUCGGAUCGGAUUUCGGAGUUGCCGGAGUCGAUCGCCCACCACAUCCUCAAUUUCCUCCGCUGCCCCAAAGACGUGGCUCGAACAACGGUCCUCUCGAAGAAUUGGAAGCGCGUGUUCGAUUCGUACCAGUCGUUCCACUUCGACCAGCGGUGGUUCAAGACGCAGAGAAAGGUAGGGGUUUUCGGGAUAAAGAGUAGAUGCGAGGACUGGGAUAAUUUCAAGGGGUUUGUGACGAAUGCGCUGGCUACGAGGCUCGAUCGCCUCGAAUGCGUGGAUAAAUUCAGAUUGUUCGCGAAUGAUAUCGAUAUUCCAUUUAUGCAGCCUAUGCAGUCAAUCGUGGAAUGGAUUCGAGCCGCCAUUGCUAAGAAUGUGAAGGAGCUUGAGGUUUGUGCCGGGAAAUAUCAGGAUCCUGCGCUGCCAAUUGGUUUGACUGAGUCGAGUUCGAUUACUUUUUUGAAACUGACGGGCAGUUCAUUGUACGGCUUGGCUUCGUUGAAGAUGUGUAAUUUGAAAGGGAUUUUGAUUAGAGAAGCUGUGUAUUUUGAUGCCAAGUUGGUGAAGAGACUCGAAGAAAACUGCCCGUUGCUGGAGGAUUUGAGGAUUGUUGGCUGCUCACAUCUGCACUAUUUACAGAUCUCCUACCUCGUUAAGCUUAAGAGAGUCGAGGUGCAUGACUGCCCAUUGACGAAACGUAUUGAAAUCACGGCCCCUAACCUUGAAACAUUUUGGUUCCAUGGGCAGAAUAGCUUCAAGCACAAAAUCCGCCUCAAUUGCACGGAAAAGCUGAGGAAUUUGACGUUGAUGGGCACUGGGAUGACAGACUCUGCCUUUGAAAAUCACAUUUCCAUGUCUCCGUUGCUUGAGAAAUUGGAGCUUCGAAACUGCACUAGAAUAGAGAAGAUUCGGAUUUGUAGCCAAACAUUAAAGAGCUUGACCUUGAUCAAAUGCUACAUGCUGAAUGAAGUCAAUGUAAUUGCUCCUUAUCUCCACUCAUUCGAAUACCAAGGCCGUGGGAGGUUUUUCCCCCUUCUCAAUGCUCCGCGUUUAUCUCACGUGAAGCUCUCUCCCAGUUCAUGUAACAAGAGACCAGAUGAUUCAUGUGACCGCUUCUCUUGGGACUUGGAUGGAUUCAAAGCAGGGUUUAAAUUGAUCAUAUACACCAAGAAGACUAUGAAGAUUUUCGAAAAAGCGAGAGAGAAGGAUCUUUGGCAACCUAAGGCUGGCAGGAUAGAAUUGAUUGCAUCUGCGUCGAAAGUUGUGAAGAAUGUUGAUGAUUGGUUGAGGGAGAUCCAUGGAAAGAGUCUGGAUUUAGUAUCAUCGGCCGAGGGUGAGCUACUCGAGUUGAUAAACACGCUGAUAAUGGAGAGAGAAGAUAGCCCGAGCUGCUGCGGAUUGUACUCCAACAAAUGUUGGAGACAUUACAUUGAAGAUGUUAAAGUUUCAAGCAAGGAGCGUGUACGGAGGAAGACAUCAUUCGACUUCACAUGGACGCCUAAGAUAAAGAAGUCCAGAGUCGAAUGACAUGAGGAUUGUGUCUGUGCAUAGAAUUGGAGUCCAAAUUAUUUUUUAGUAAAACUAAAAAUAUUUUUGCCAGCUCUGUUGCUGUGGUUGCACAGAACUUUGAAUAUAUGAACAGUCUGACAUAGUGAGAAUAUAUCCUCAUUAUCGUCAAAUUGAUGCA